CCAACCCACAUCCAGCUCCAUCCAUGGCUCCUCCAGCGCUCGCUAACGGUGGCAACACGCAGGACACCCCGUCGGAGGUCCCCUACGGUGGCUUUCCCUGCUGAGCCUCCUCUCCCACCACCAUCUCAGCUCAUCGCUCCCGCUGGUCCCUCCCGAGGGGCUUUGCCAGGGAGGGGGUCCACGGGGGACACCAGCACAGGGAACAUGGGGCGGCUGUCCCACGGCAUCACCCCCCUCGUCGCGUGGUGCUUCGUCACCUUCCAGGCGGCCACCUGCCUGCGGGAGCAGCCCGGCAACCACGCCGAGGAGCGUCUCUUCAAGCACCUCUUCACCGGCUACAACCGCUGGUCGCGGCCGGUGCCCAACACCUCCGACGUGGUCAUCGUGAAAUUCGGGCUCUCCAUCGCGCAGCUGAUCGACGUGGAUGAGAAGAACCAAAUGAUGACCACAAACGUCUGGCUGAAGCAGGAGUGGAGUGACUACAAGCUGCGCUGGGACCCGGCAGACUUUGACAAUGUCACAUCCAUCCGGGUGCCCUCUGAGAUGAUCUGGAUCCCCGACAUCGUGCUCUACAACAACGCCGACGGGGAGUUCGCCGUGACCCACAUGACGAAGGCCCACCUCUUCUCCAACGGGAAGGUGAAGUGGGUGCCACCUGCCAUCUACAAGAGCUCGUGCAGCAUCGACGUCACCUUCUUCCCCUUCGACCAGCAGAACUGCAAGAUGAAGUUCGGCUCCUGGACCUAUGACAAGGCCAAGAUCGACCUGGAGAACAUGGAGCACCACGUGGACCUCAAGGAUUACUGGGAGAGCGGCGAGUGGGCCAUCAUAAAUGCCAUCGGCACCUAUAACUCCAAGAAGUAUGACUGCUGCACUGAGAUCUACCCCGACAUCACCUUCUGCUUCAUCAUCCGCCGCCUCCCGCUCUUCUACACUAUCAAUCUCAUAAUACCCUGCCUGCUUAUCUCCUGCCUGACCGUGCUGGUCUUCUACCUGCCCUCCGACUGCGGGGAGAAGAUCACCCUCUGCAUCUCCGUCCUGCUGUCCCUCACCGUCUUCCUGCUGCUCAUCACGGAAAUCAUCCCGUCCACCUCGCUGGUCAUCCCUCUCAUCGGAGAGUACCUCCUCUUCACCAUGAUCUUCGUCACGCUCUCCAUCAUCAUCACCGUGUUCGUCCUCAACGUCCACCACCGCUCCCCCAGCACCCACACGAUGCCCCGCUGGGUGCGUAGCUUCUUCCUCAACUUCAUCCCUCGCUGGCUCUUCAUGAAGCGACCCCCGGCGCUGCCUCCCGAGGGGACCGCCGGGCAGUACGACCUCCCGGGGACGAGGCUCAGCACCUCCCGGUGCUGGCUGGAGACCGAUGUGGAUGACAAGUGGGAGGAGGAAGAGGAGGAGGAGGAGGAGGAAGAGGAGGAGAAGACGUACCCCAGCCGCAUGUCCCAGGCGGGCUCCCACGGCCAGGGCACCCAGUGCCGCUACAGCUGCGGGCGCCAAGCCGGGAAGGCGUCGGGGGGCUCAGCCCCCCGGGUGCCCCCCAAGGGGGAGGAGGAGGAGGAGGAGGUGGGCUCGGACCGGGGGCUGACGCUGUCCCCCAGCAUCCUGAAGGCCCUGGAAGGGGUGCAGUACAUCGCGGACCAUCUGCGAGCCGAGGAUGCUGACUUCUCGGUGAAGGAGGACUGGAAGUACGUGGCCAUGGUGAUCGACCGCAUCUUCCUCUGGAUGUUCAUCAUCGUCUGCUUGCUGGGCACCGUGGGGCUCUUCCUCCCACCCUACCUGGCAGGGAUGAUCUAGGGGCUGGGCCAGGCUGUGGUGGGGACAGCGGGCGAUGCACGCUCCUUCCUCCCGGGGAGCGGGCACGGUGGUGCCCAUGUCCAGCCCGGACCCUUGCCUCUCCCUGGGAGGACAUGGUUGCAACCAUGGAGGACCCUCGGAUGGGAAAUGCAGGGUGAAGCAAGGGCUGUGCCGAGGGUGACCUGGGGAUGGUGGGGAGGGAUGGCUGCCUGCCAUCCUGCCCAGGGCGGUCACAGCCGUCCCGGCAUCGAGGGAGGCACGGUACAGCUUCUCCAUUGCCCGAGCACAGGUUGGAGGCAUGUAAGAGAGUCAUCUGUUUCCUCGAGCUGCUGCAAGUCCUACCCAAACCCCAAGAGCUGUGUCUGGUUGUGACUCCAAUGUGCUGGGCAAGAAGAUGGGACCUCACAGCCGCUUUAGGACGCAUCCUGACCGCAGGGUGCUCAGGACCACAGGUUGGCACGGUCAUGCAUGAUGUGGGGCAGGGGAUAACGCUUCAGACGGUCCAUGCAGAAGGGGUACGGUUGUGGGAUGGAGGUCCCUGCUCAGCCACAUGGCUCGGGGUCUCUGCUCUGCAAAGCCCAGCCUAGGUCACUUCCACACCAUCCCACACCGGAGCUCGGGCGGCAGGGAGAUGGGAACAGCCGACCCAGAAAUAUGCGUGGUUUGGAAGGGAAAAACCACCCUGCAGAGCGGGAUAACCCACCCAGCCACGGCCAGACGGUGCCCACGGACCCCGGGAGCUUGGGGCGCUGCCUCAUGCCAAGGCUGGUGGACUCAGCUGGCGUGGGGGGAACCUGCACUGCCAAGGUCCAUCCCAAGCAAAUCCUCCUCUCCAUCCCAAACCGCCUGGCUCUGAUGACUGCUGCAAUCCAGCUUUUCAUUUCUAGCUUCCAUAUAUCCUAAAGGGCACCUACUCUCUUCUUCCAUGCCCUCAGAGACACCAGGAUUUUCCAGCAACCUUUUCUCCUCCAGGACACCAACCCAGCCAUCGCGGUGCUGGAUGCAGUCUGAGAGGUUUCAGAAAACACUUUGUGCUUUCAGGAGCGAAAUGGGCUGGAAUAAACGGCGCCACGGAGGGACGUGCAUGUCCCGAGGGUGUUGCAGCCGCUCACGCAGCCUCCGGUGCUGGCAGGCUGGCUCGGGCGUGCGCACACGGGGCUGAGAAAUGAGAUGUGCGAGGGAGCGAGUGCCCAGGGGUGGCUGGCUGGAUGCGUGCGUGGGUAUACGUGCGUGUGUCUCUAACCCGGUACACACGGGCUGUAGGGCUCUGCAGAGCCGGGAGCGCACGGGUGCAGAGAGCUCUCCUGCGAGGACAAUUUCUGGCUUGGUUGGGGCUGCAUCUCCUUGGGGUGAUGCAAGGGUGUUGGCUGGAGGUGAACAGGAUGGGAUGCCCAGCACCCUGGGCACUGCCAGCCAUGGCACAGCUUCAGCAGACCUCACCGUGAUGGGGCAGAGGAGGAACGUGCUCCCCUUCCCACAUUAAUCCCUGCAGCCCCUCUCGCCAGCCGCAGCCGGCACCCACCACCCCUCUCCGCUCAGCCCGGCCUGGCUGAUGAGGCCACCAGGGCACAAGCUCUGGGGU